ACUCGGGUCCCAGUCACUUCCGGGCCGCUUCCUUCUCGAAGCUUUGUGGGUAGCCGGCCGGGGGGUCUCCUGGCGACGACGAUGGCGGGGGAUGUGGGCGGUCGCAGCUGCAAGGACUCGGAGCUGCUGCUGCACCCGGAGCUGCUGUCGCAGGAGUUCCUUCUCCUCACGCUGGAGCAGAAAAACAUUUCUGUUGAAAACGACGCACGAAUAAACAAAGACGAGCUUACCGAUCUUUAUGUCCAGCAUGCGAUACCGCUGCCUAGGAGGGAAUUGCCAAAGAACAGAUGGGGGAGAAUGAUGGAAAAGAAGAGAGAGCAACAUGAGAACAAAACUGAGACUAGAAGGGAUAACACUGUAGAUGGAUUCAGAAAAAGACCCCUCAUUGUGUUUGAUGGAAGCUCAACAAGUACAAGCAUAAAAGUGAGAAAAACAGAGAAUGGAGAUAAUGAUCCACUUAAGCCGCCCCCUCAGGCAAGCUUUACCAGUAAUGCCUUUCGAAAAUUAUCAAAUUCUUCAAAUGUUUCACCCCUAACUCUGUCUUCCAAUUUGCCUAUGAACAAUAAAAUGAAACACAGUAAUAAUGACACUAAGCAGAAUCAUGACCUAACGCAUAGGAAAAGCCCUUCGUAUGUCGUGAAGUCCCCACCCUUGUCCCCUGUUGGAGCUACGCCUGUGAAGUUAAAGCGAGCCGCCCCAAAGGAAGACGCAGAAGCUAUGAAUAACCUGAAGCCUCCGGAAGCAAAGAGGAAGAUACAGCAUGUUACAUGGCCAUGAAGGAAAGUUUCCAGAAAUUGUUGCUGCGGAGCCCUUCAGAAUGGACGGCUAAAACCACUGCUCCUGAUCGCUUCUUCCCCCACGGAGCCAGGGCCGGUCAGUGCUCACUAAGUGUCCUCCUCCUGAGUUGCACACGGAGCUGACCGAUGGUGACUGCACUGA